AACAAAUGCUCCCUGGCAAUUAGAAGGCCGAACCAAACAAAACAAAGCACCAAACACGAAACCUAACCCCAAAGGCAAAACCCAUAACUUUUUCCCCUUUCUCACCAAAUCCCUACAAUCCCCUCAAAACCCUAACCCUAAUUUAUCUUUAAAAUCAUCCGAUUUGAAUCGGUGGUGUGGUUGAUUCGUUCGGAAUUGAGAGCCGAGAGAGAUAGAGUGAAGGAUGUCUGCGGCAGUGUGUGGAAGCAAGAGGUCCUUUUUCGAAGAGCUUCCUCCAUCGCCACCUCUCUCAAAGAGGCUUCGCUGUUCUUCUUCUACAUCUCCCAUUCGCUUCUCUGCUCCUUAUCUUCUCGAUCAGCUUCGCUCGCUCUUCCCUCAGAUGGACCCCCAGGUUCUUGAGAGAGCAUUGGAAGAAUGUGGCAAUGAUAUAGAUGCUGCCGUCAAGAUGCUGCAUGAGCUUCGCAUAGGAUCUGCAGAAGAAAAUUCUGCCUCUGCUGCAGAACAAGAUGAUUCGGUAGCUCAAGGUAUAUUGACUAAUGAUGAAUCUGCAGCUGCUUCUGAGAAUCCAUCAGUUCCUAGCAACCUGCCUGUAGAUGGUGCCGAAUGGGUUGAACUGUUUGUCAGGGAAAUGAUGAGUGCCAAUAGUGUGGAUGAUGCUAGGGCCCGUGCUGCAAAAGUGCUAGAGGUUUUAGAAAAAUCCAUCAGUGCACGUGCUGGUGCUGAGGCAACCCAAAGUUUUCAAAAGGAAAAUAUGCUGCUGAAACAACAAAUUGAAGGACUGAUAAGGGAGAAUACCAUUCUUAAACGAGCUGUUUCUAUCCAGCAUGAACGUCAGAAAGAGUAUGAGGAGCGGAACCAAGAAUUCCAGAAUCUGAAGCAGUUGGUGUCUCAAUAUCAGGAACAGUUGAGAACACUUGAGGUUAACAACUAUGCCUUGACAAUGCAUCUGAAGCAGGCUCAGCAAAGCAACUCCAUCCCUGGACGUUUUCAUCCUGAUGUCUUUUAAUGAAAGUGACCAAAUUUAGCAUUUUGAUGAUAUAGAGUCGGCAAUACAUGCUCUGUCGUGAGCCCGUUUAAGAUUGUGUCUGUUGAAGUAUGCGCAUUUGUAGAUUGAGGCUGCUUUAUGUCUUUGAUAUUCCCAGUCCAGGUCUGUGGCGAUCUGUCAAUCAAUUGUGGAAUCGCUGAACUAUUCGGUUUAUAUUGGUGAAUUUGUAUUUUACAUCUAUGUAGUUUGUAAAAGAUGGAAUUUAACAUAAAGGUGAGAACAUGAUUGUUGGUGGUGCAUAUAGUUGAGCUGCAUUCCUUCUACCGUAAUGCCCGUAUUGACUUCAGAAUGUGGUUUGCACUGUUUAUCUGAGACACUCA